GUGGUUUCGACGCCAAAUAUACGACGCCGGCAACGUUUCCCGUCAUUCACACUUCCUUUCUCUUUGCACAAACAUGGAUGCCGAAGGGGGAAAAGAGACUGAAAGAGUCAACCUUGCAGAUGAUCCUUCCAGCAGAGCUAUGGUUCAGAAAGAUCUUUAUCUUCUCCCACGGGAAAUUCUACUCGAAAUCCUACCAAGACUCCCUAUCACCUCUCUGAUUCACUUUAAGACCACUUCCCAUACCGGCUAUGAUUUAAUUGCCGAUCCAAGACUCCCUCUGAUGUUCCGCAACCGGAUAAGCGACUCAAAUCCAUGUCUGAUUCUGUACAACUACAAUUUCCCUGUCUCCUCGUCCCUGCAACUCUAUUUUUUGGAUAGUGAGCAUUGUAGUGGAAGGGUUAGGAAAAUCGACCCACCAAAGCAUUCAGAAGUUGAUAAUCUGGUGGGUUCUUGUAACGGGCUGUUAUGCUUAUCCUUUCGCAUAAUCAGUGAUUCAUUGGUGUCUCACGGUCUGCUAAUUUACAAUCCUUUUGUUGGAGACGCCGUGAGAGUCCCACCAGCGGACCAAUUUUUUGAUCAAUUUGAAGUCUUUGGAUUUGGGUUUCAUCCGAGGACAGGAGAAUUCAAAGUGGUCAGGAUUGUGUACUAUGAGAAGAUGAUUAUGGUAGGAGACCCAGCGCUAGAUGUGGAAGAACUAGCUGAAGGAUUCGACACCGUUGAUGAAUCAAUGGUUGAGGUGUUUACCGUAGGAACAACAGAGUGGAUUAACAAAGGAGCUCCGCCUCCACAAUUGGGGUAUGAAAUCGGACCACCUGUGGCUCUGGUUGAAGGAUCUCUCCAUUGGGUGACUCUGGUUGGGAUGGGAGGAGUCGAUCCUAUCUUUGGUAUUAUCUCCUUCGACCUUGCAGAUGACGUGUUCGAAGAAAUUCCGCACCCACCUUGUCAACGACUUGUGUCAGAUCACUACAGUCUUUCCGUGCUCGAUGGGUGUCUAUCGGCUGUUGGGUCAGUUCAAACUGGGCAUUUUGAUAUCUGGGUGAUGAAGCAAUACCAUGUUAAGGAAUCUUGGGUAAAACAAUUCUCCUUUGAUCCCUAUCUACCUCGUGGAUGGCCAGUUAAUACUUCAAGCUCAGUUAGCAGACUUCCGAAGUUUAUAUGUGCACUGAAGAAUGGGGAGUUUCUGUUGCAGUAUAACAACAGUUCUCUGGUUUCUUAUGAUCCUGUAGAAAACAGAUUCAAGACUCUUCAAAUAAGUGGGUUACGCAAUCAGUUCCAAGCACUUCCUUUUCUACCUUCUCUUUUCUCAGCAAAAGCAACCAUGAAUUUGCAAUUUUAAUUUUUUUUUUUUUCUGUAAACUCUACUACUAGUUUUAGU